AAGAGAUCAUGUCCAGCAACGACAACGCGGAUCGGCGCAUGGAAGCCGCCGCACUCCAAAUGCUGCAGACGGCUCGUGUUGGCAUUGUCUUCACCAUUCACAAGGACAAGAAACGCAAGGAUGACCUCGUGCAAGGCCGCUACUUUUCAUGGUUGGCGAGCCAGCCACCAUCAUUCCACAUGUCGCGCCCACUCGCAGAUAUCAUGGCAGACAAGGAGCUGACGGUGCAGGUCGACUUGGAAGGCGUCAAGCUCACCAUCCCACGCCUUGUGUACGAGAUCUGCACGUACUUGCGCCGCUCGCGCCAGCUUGGCACGGAGGGCCUGUUGCGAAAGUCGGGCAAUGCAUCACGCGUGCGCAUGCUGCAACAGCACCUGGACGCGUACGGCAAGCUGCCCAUCAAGGAGCUGAAGGAGAACAAGUACACCUGCCACGACCUCAUUCAAGUGCUCAAGACCUUUCUCCGCCACCUCCCUGGCGGCAUCAUCCACUCCCUGUACAAGUCCUUUGUCAUUGCACAGCGUGUCAAGCACGAGGAGGAUCACGUCACACGCCGCUCGGACGAAGAAAUUGCGCAGUUUGGCCUGAAGAUGACGUUGUGCCUGUGUUACCUCCUCCCAACACCAAACCAACAUCUGCUGCAGUAUUUGAUGCACUUCUUUGUGGAUCAGUUUGGGCCCGCCCAACAGGAGAGGCAGAGUCAAAACACCAUGACCCUGGACAACAUUGCCCGAAUUCUUGGGCCGACGCUCCUCCCAACCGGGGGCACCACAUCCAAGCCAGGCAGCGAGGACGAGGCGGAGUUUGUGAUUGACGCCGUGCGAGACAUGAUGCAUGGCUACAAACGCGGGCAGCUGUACACGUCAUACCUCAAGGAAGUCUGUGAUCGCGCAGCUCUCAUCUCCCCACAGGAGGCACAGCGCCUGUACAAGUCUGGCUUUGCGGACAAGUACGCAAAGCCAAAGCGGCGAUCACGUGCGUCUGGACUGGGCGAUGCACUCCGCUCCGCCGGUGAGGAGAUGAUGAAGACGCUGCAGCGGCGUGGGUCCAGCCGCUCCAACAUCGCCGACAAGAGCACGACGGCCUCACGGUCGGCAAGUACGCAGGGGACGCCCAAGAUGCGGCGCAAGGGUCGGCGCUCGCUUGGUGAUCCAGAGACACUUGCUGCCAUGGCAAAGCAGCCUGAACUGAACACAACCAACGGUGGAAUGAGUACCACGUCUUCCUUCCCCUCUACCUCCUCCUCCUCCUCCGCCACCAUUGCCACUGCCACCGCCGCCGCCACCAGCAGCAGCAGUGGCGUCAGGGUGGCGGCGGUCACCCGCUCUCGUUCGCUCAAGCGCACCAGCGAUGCAGCGCACCCAGAGUUGGCGGACGACAACGCGCGCCAGAAAUUCAAAUUUGGUGACCAACCGCCGGCAAAAGCGCCAGCAACCAAGCGCCCAGGGCGUAUCAUCAGCGCUGCCGAGGCCAAGCGAAAGGCCUUUGAUAUUGCCCCUGUGCACGAUCCCCGUCAGCAAGCCAAAGUUGCGCCCAAGCGAACGAGCUCUGAGCCCACAGGACUGCACACCACUGCUGCUACCACAACCCGCACCACCCCCAUCACCACUGGCAGUGCUGUGGCGGCGUUCAACACGACCAGUGGUACAUUGACGGCCACCAAUUCCACCGACAGCGACGAGCCGAUGAAGCCCAGUGCUGUUACUGUGUCGCGUGUGUCCACAACCGACAUUUCCCACGAACAGUCUGCUGUCGUGCGCCGACACACUAAAACCCAGACGCCGCGCUCACGUCGCCGCUCAUUUGAGGGCAUGCGUCGUCUUGGCGAUGGUCUGACGGGCAGCGCAAAGAAAGUGCGCAACUUCAUGCAGCGCCGACGCAGCUCGCGUGCCGGCUCGAUGAAGAAGAAGAGCAGCUCGACCUCAUCGAUUGCAGAUACGAAUAAAGAAAAUGACGACGACAACGAAGGGUCCAGAGACCUUUUCCUCAAUUUGCUUCCGCAAACAUCCCAGAACGAUUCCGACGUCAUUACCCUGGAGGAGCUGAACCGCUUUUCCCAGAUGUGCUACGAGGCGCAGGAAAAACUCGACUCGUCCAAGGCCGCGUCUGGUCAGACACCGGCACGUCUUCGUGAUGCACAUGCCGUCACGCGCGCCAAGCACGCGUCGUCAUCAUCGUCGUCCUCCUCCACGAUUGCAACGUCGGGUGUGUCGAUGAACAGCGACAGCACCAGGGAUGCCACGAAACACCGAGUUGUCGAUGCAAAGGAGCUGCAGCGCCCGCCCCGCAAGACGCGUGUUGGCAAACCACUCGUCAUCCGGCACCCGGCAGCCAGCCGCUUUGGCGUGGGCCGCCUCAGUGCUGGUGACGACACGCCGUCGCGUGGGCUAUUGGAUACGCCCAGCAGCACGUAUGUGCGCAAGACGCGUCGCACUCCGAUUGGACGGGCCUCGCCGCCACCAACGCUGUCCAUCUCCCCAGCGCGCGCCACCGACACGAGCGAUGCAAACGCGUGCAAGCGCGGCAAGAGGACGCCCGCACGCUCCAACAACAGCUCCACCAAGAGCCAGCGCACAGCACUCGGUGACAUCAACAACAAGUCGCCCAAGGUCUCAAACCAUCGCACCCCACUGCUGCAGCAGGAGGACCGGUUUACGUUUGUGUGAGCAAUGCACGUUGCACGACUUGCUUGCGAUGAAAUCACAUUCACUGCACAUUGCGUGUGCCUUGUUUCUUCCCUGCCUGUCCUCUCCUCCUCUUGUUGAUUUCUUGUUCCCUCCCCCGACUCCUCGUUUGCAGAAAGAAAGCAUCACCCAUGCAUGCUGAAUGCGUUGCCUGUCAUCUGUGUGUGCUUGUUCUGCUUUUCUUGUUGUUGUUGGCUUGCUUGAAAGAAUGAUUACAACGGUCAAACCAA